GCCCUCGAAGUUUGCUCCGGUCCCGCCGCUUCCGGAGGGGCUUCUCCGGGAGCCCGGGGGAAAAACGGGUGGGAGGGAGGCGGCAGGAUGAAGAAACCAGACGGCAAAGUGGUGUUGUUGGGGGACAUGAACGUGGGCAAGACCUCCCUGCUGCACCGCUACAUGGAGAGGCGCUUCCAGGAGACCGUCAGCACUGUCGGGGGCGCCUUCUAUCUCAAGCAGUGGGGGCCGUACAACAUCUCCAUCUGGGACACGGCAGGACGGGAGCAGUUCCAUGGCCUUGGGUCUAUGUACUGCAGAGGAGCAGCUGCUGUGAUUCUCACGUAUGAUGUGAACAGCCUCCAAAGCCUGACAGAGCUGGAAGAAAGAUUCUUGGCGCUGACAGACAGUGCAAGUGCUGACUGCAUUUUUGCUAUUGUUGGAAAUAAAGUUGACCUCACCGAUGACUGUGCUUUAGCACUGGAUGAAAAUAGACCCGAGAAGUCUGUUGCCAGCUGUGGCUCAAAGGUGCGAAAACAAGUCCGUGUAGAGGAUGCAAUUGCACUCUAUAAAAAGAUACUGAAAUACAAAAUGCUAGAUGAGAAGGAUGUUCCAGCAGCUGAGAAAAUGUGCUUUGAGACCAGUGCAAAAACAGGAUACAAGGUGGACUACCUCUUUGAAACUGUGUUUGACAUGGUAGUCCCAAUAAUUGUACGGCAGAAAGCUGAGGGGCCACCGCAAACUGUAGACAUUACUGACUACAAGCCAGCAAAAAGGACAAAAUCUAGUUGUUGUGCCUGAACCAUUGACAUGACAUAAGAAAAGGGGAGGGAAUGUUUGUUCCAGCAGACUGAGACUGAAGAGGACUAAGAAGUACUUGCAGUUCACCAGAAAGAAAAAGUCAAAGAAUAAGUAGAUGAAAUGGUGUAUGUGGAAUAAAAAAUCUGACCAUUAAAUGUUUCUGGAAAGCUCUGUGUGUGAAAAUGGGAAUGAGAGUGAAAUUAUGGAGGAAAACUUGCCAGUUUCUGAUGCCUCUGAAGACAAAUGGUGUGUUAGUACAAUUGAUAAUGACAAUUGUUUGAACAGUUUUGAAGGAGUCGGAUUUUUCAUGACUCGCUAUUUCAUGUUGCGUAUAAAUGAUCUAUUUGUGUAUUCUCAACAGCUUUCGCAGAUUAUCAUCUUUCCUCUUGUGAUUCUAACUUUGGAAGACUGAAGACACGGUACUUUUUUUAUUCUUGAAAAAAACCAGAAUGUUCAGGUAUAAUUUAUAUUUGUAGAUAAUAAAUCAACUACGGUCUUUUUAUGUCAGAUCUGACAGUGUAAGAUUCAGAAGCUGUACUAUUAAAAUCACUGUGGAUAUGUACUGCUCACUCAAUGACUUCAUUAAUUUGAAUUCUUC